GAUCUUGACAGAGUGGCCUCACUGUGCCCCCUCCACAUCACCCGGGAAUGUUUUCUUUAGCUCCGUCUCUGCGCGGUGAAUGGCUCCUUCCCCUGUCGGCCUGCCCUCCUCCGGCCUCCUGCUCAGACGGACUGUCGCCUCACACAGCGGCACACUGACUAGGCUGUCACCACCGGCAGGAUGUCUCCUCUGGCGAGCCGCCUGCUCGUUCUCCUCUGCCUGGCUUUGCCUCUUUACGGGGUGGAAAGGGUGAAAAAUAGAGGAUACCGAAAGGAACCCGACGUUGACAAGUGCACAGGAAACGAUGCAGAAAAACCCAACUGCACUAGACACUCCUCGGACGAGGGAAGAUCUCCUUGUCAGAGCAGCAUGUAUGGCAGCUGCAUGCAAGGCCCAGCAGGAACCUCUGGAAGAGAUGGUAACCCCGGAGCCAACGGCAUUCCAGGCACCCCAGGUAUCCCGGGCCGUGACGGGCUCAAAGGUGAAAAAGGGGAAUGCGUGAGUGAGAUCUUUGAGGAACCCUGGAGGCCCCACUACAAGCAGUGCGCCUGGAACGCACUGAAUUAUGGGAUCGACCUGGGUAAAGUGGCGGACUGCACGUUCACCAAGCUGCGCUCGGACAGCGCUCUCAGAGUCCUCUUCAGCGGUUCCCUGCGACUCAAGUGCAAGAACGCCUGCUGCCAGCGGUGGUACUUCACCUUCAACGGAGCCGAGUGCACGGGACCCCUGCCGGUGGAGUCAAUCAUCUACUUGGACCAGGGAAGUCCAGAGCUCAACUCCACUAUCAACAUCCACAGAACAUCCUCAGUCGAGGGGCUGUGCGAGGGCGUCAAGGCAGGGUUGGUGGACGUGGCGGUGUGGGUGGGGACCUGCGCCGAUUAUCCCCGGGGAGACGCUUCCACGGGGUGGAAUUCUGUGUCCAGGAUUAUCAUAGAGGAACUGCCUAAAUGAGAAGACAGAGUGAUAUGAAAGGGAGGACCCGGUCUUUGUAGUGUUGGAGCAAGUCGCCUGACACACCAGAAAUAAUCAGGUACGGCCGGUUGAGGCGUGACAGAGCCACUGAUGGUACCUUGAAUGUUUUUCUUUCUUUCUUUUUUUUUUUUUAAUUACACGUACAGAAAAUUCUGUUGCUCUGCCUCCUGGAAGUAAACUCUGUACUGCGGUUUAUUUUUUUGUCUGCUGGUGGCCUGGCAAUUGAUUGCAGUAACCAUUCAAUGUGCUUCAAAUGUACUGUAUGAUGUGUGUGUGUAUGUGUGAAUCGUUUCUGUCAAUAAAGUCACGUUUUUCUAAA